UUUAAAAGCAAACUCAGAAACAAUCGGAAGGAACUUUUUUGAAAACUAUUGGAAUUUUUGCCAUUUGCACUUUUAUUAUAAAUUAAAAGUUAUCAAUAAAAUACUAACGGGACGACUGCACAACGCGCAUUCAACAGAAAACUGUGAUACGUAGUGAAAGGCACAUAAAGAAGCUACAGGAAGCUGUGUGGAAAUUGGAACAGCUAUUUGUGGACUAAUUGCUGGUAGUAGUAGCGGCAGACGCACUAACUGCAAGGCAUUCACAACAACACAACAAACCAAACAGCAAAAGCCUGUUGGAGCCCAACCACUUGGCGCACAACUCAGUAAAUCAAGCGAAUUGUCGUGGAGACCUUAGAACUUUCGUCAACACUGUGUAAUCACGUUAUGGACAAAAUGCCAGCCAAACAAUACGAAUCAAAACCAUGGUCAGACCUAGCUGACAGCGAUGACAGUGAUAUGGAGAAUGAAAUAGAUGUGGACAAACUACCACCAUUAGAAGUUGGGCCCAACGAGAAUCGGCUGCAGCAUACAUACUGCCUCUGGUUCUCACGCAAAGGGACACAUCGCGCCACGGACUACAGCAAAUCACUUCAUGUAGUCGGGCGUUGUGCCAGUGUACAACAGUGGUGGGCGCUGUAUUCGCAUCUAAUACGGCCCACAGCGUUGAAACCGUAUCGAGAAUUAAGCCUUUUCAAGCAGGGUAUCAAACCGAUGUGGGAGGAUCCAGCAAACACAAAAGGCGGCCAGUGGGUAAUACGUCUAAGGAAGAAUAAAAUUGAUCGUGCGUGGGAAAAUGUUUGUAUGGCAAUGUUGGGAGAACAGUUUCUGGUGGGAGACGAGAUCUGUGGGGUAGUACUGACAACAAAGUAUCCGGUAAGUACACAUAUUUUCAAUUGUUAAAGAAAUGCAAAAGGU